AUGCCCAAUAAAAAAUGCGUUGUCGCAAGAUGUACUCAUACAAGUUGGCGACAUAAAACGCUGACUUUCUAUUGCUUUCCGAAGGACGAUAAACUACGGCGGAAAUGGAUUAAAGCUGUUUCUUUGAGGGCGUUAAACUACCGAUGGAAGCCGAGUGACCGAAUAUGCAGCGCUCAUUUUCCAAACGGACGCAAGCUUGGAAAGAACAACAUCCCUUCCAUCUUUCCCAGAUGGGAUUUCAAAAAGAAACAAGUUGUGUGGCCUGUUGAUAUCUCGAGUUUGCUGAAGGAAAAUUUGUAUCCUGUUGAUAAUAAUGACGUGUUUACUUCCAAAUCUGAUAUUGAAAACAAACCUAUUCAUGGCGAAGAUGAAGUUGACCGUCCUAGUGAGAUAAACGAAACAAAUAUUUUCCAUAUCAGUACCGAAAACACAACGAUUGUUGAUGAGAGCGAAGAUUUGAGGGAUGAAGUCGAAUGUAACAGCACAGGAAAUAAAGAGAAAGCAAGUAUAAAUGAUGGUGACUGUCCUAACUGUGGCACGCUACGACAACGUGUGCAGGACUUAGAAAAGCAGCGAGAUAUUCAAAGGUUUGGAGUAAAAAGAUUCAUGCUCUCCGAUAGUGACAUGAGAUUUUACACUGGUUUGCCAGAUUAUCGAACUUUCCUUGCAUUGUAUAAUUUUUUGAAGCCACAACCAGGGUUUCAGUUGAACUACUAUAAUAACUAUACAAAUAAAACUGCUUCUGAACACCAAGUGGUAAGAGGAAGACCUAGAAGUCUGAACAGUAUUGACGAAUUAUUUUUGACAUUGAUUAGACUACGGCUAAACUUGUUUGAAAAGGACCUUGGAGAUAGGUUCAACAUUUCCCAGUCUACUGUGUCUGAGAUAUUCUCAACCUGGAUAGACCGCAUGCAUGAUUGUCUUGGGCAGUUGAAGUUCACUGCAAAUCUCAGUAUGAUGAAACAAUACUUACCAGCAUGUUUCAAGUCAGGGCAUGAAGAUGUUUCUCUAAUUAUUGAUUGUACUGAGAUAUUCCUGGAAAGGCCUUCUCAGGUUAUUCAACAAUCAGCCACCUGGUCGGAUUACAAAAGUCAUAAUACUGGAAAGGCCUUGUUAGCUCUAUCUCCUGUUAUGCUCCCAGUAUUUACAUCUGACAUAUUUCCUGGCAGUAUAUCAGAUGAAGAAAUGGUAAUUGAGUGUGGUGUCCUACAGUAUGCACAGAAUGGUGAUAGAUGGUUGGCAGACAAAGGUUUUUUAAUUCAGCAUAUUUUAGAUAAGUAUGGAGUAAGAGUUGACACACCAGAAAAAUUAGAGGGAAAGGGCCAGUUUAACCAUCAAGAAGAUUGCAAGAACCGAAAGAAUUCACAGGUGAGAGUUCAUGUUGAAAGAGGUAUUCGUCGAGUAAAAUUGUUUAAUAUUUUAAAAGGGAAUAUGCCAAUUCGAUACCACCAUCUUUUAUCAAAGAUUUGGAAAGUCUGUUGUUAUCUAACUGCCUUUCUUCCACCACUAAUCAAAGAUAAAAGUGAUAUUAAUAUCCAGGACAAUGAAGAGUAA